GGUACGACACAACACAGUCCUUUCCUUCGUCCCUUUCUUUCCCAACUCUGCUCACUUUCCUUUACUCCAACUGUCCAACAGGUUAAUCCUGUGACUGGGAGGUAAUCAAUCUCUGCACAAAGGCCAAGAACAUAAUGGUACAAUCAUAACCCAUGUCAGCAAGAAAGUUAAAAUAAAGGAAAAAGGGUAAGAAACCAGUAAAAGGUAGAGAGAAGAAGCUCAAUCAGUGAAGGUGUUUGGAGGAGGGUAACAAUGGCGAGGAGUCUUGACUUUGUCUCUGUGAUUCAUCUUCUGCUACUACUUCUUCUCCCUUUCUUCGCAGGGCUUUGCAGGGGAAGCACAAUAGGAGUCUGCUAUGGGAGAAAUGCUGAUGACAUUCCCACCCCUGAUAAAGUGGCCCAACUUGUUCAACUACACAAUAUUAAAUAUUUAAGGACCUAUGAUGCAAAUAUUCAAGUUCUCAAGGCCUUUGCCAACACUGGAGUAGAGCUCAUGAUUGGAGUUUCAAAUUUAGACUUAUUGGCAUUCUCCCAGUUCCAAUCCAAUGUAGAUACAUGGUUAAAGAACAGCAUCAUCCCUUAUUACCCUGCCACAAAGAUUACAUAUAUUACCGUUGGUGCUGAAGUCACUGAAAGCCGUACAAAUGUAUCUGCCCUAGUUGUACCUGCUAUGCGCAAUGUCCUUGCAGCUCUUAGAAAAGCUGGUCUGCAUAAGAAGAUUAAAGUUUCCAGUACUCAUUCACUUGGGGUGUUAUCUAGAUCAUUCCCUCCAUCGGCUGGGGCUUUUAAUAGCAGCCAUGCUUUCUUCCUGAAACCUAUGUUGGAAUUUCUUGCUGAGAAUCAUUCCCCAUUCAUGAUUGACAUUUAUCCUUACUAUGCUUUUAGGGACUCUCCAAAUAAUGUAUCUCUGGAUUAUGCUCUGUUUGAGUCAUCAUCAGAAGUUAUUGAUCCAAACACUGGUUUGAUUUACACAAACAUGUUUGAUGCUCAGAUAGAUGCUCUCUAUUUCGCACUGAUGGCGCUAAAUUUCAAAACGAUAAAAGUCAUGGUUACUGAGACAGGAUGGCCUUCAAAAGGAUCAGCAACCGAGAAAGCUGCAACUCCCGAUAAUGCCCAGAAAUAUAACAACAAUCUUAUUCGCCAUGUUAUCAAUAAUACGGGAACUCCAGCAAAGCCUGGCGAGGAGCUUGAUGUCUAUAUAUUUCCGUUGUUCAAUGAGAAUAGAAAACCUGGAUUGGAAUCUGAAAGGAACUGGGGUUUAUUUUACCCUGACCAGACAAGUGUCUAUAGCCUGGAUCUUACUGGAGGAGGGGCUGUAGACAUGACUACGGAGGCAAACAUUACAAAUUCUAAUGGAACCUGGUGUAUUGCUUCAUCUACUGCUUCAGAACUGGACUUGCAGAGUGCUUUAGAUUGGGCUUGUGGUCCUGGGAAUGUGGAUUGUUCGGCCAUCCAGCCUAGUCAGCCCUGCUAUCAGCCUGAUACAUUACUUUCCCAUGCAUCAUAUGCCUUCAACAGUUAUUACCAGCAAAAUGGAGCUACUGACAUUUCUUGCGGCUUUGGAGGUGCAGGGGUGAAAACUAAUAAGAACCCAAGCUAUGAUAACUGCUUGUACAAGACAUCUGGCAGCAGGAGCAAUACCAGUGUUGCAAGUAAUAUGACAGCAUCAGCCACUUCAGUUUCAUCCUCAAUUGUGCAGAGAGUUCCUGGAUGGUUACCUGGUUGCUUGCUUAUGAUUAUACUCCUGUUUCUGUGAUUCCUGGAAAAUGACUUAAGUGGCCGUGUCUCAGGAAUUUGCUGAGGUUUUGCAGACACGUGCGGGAUAGGUAUAUAUGUAUAUGUUUCUUGUAUUUGUAGAUUGUGAUCCCUGCCCCCGUAGUUUUGUAGUACAGAGAACAAGCAUAGCAUGGCAUGCAUGGUUUUCCAUUAUUGGGGGAUGUGGUUAUUUGUAGAUCUGUAUGAGCAUGAGCAUGCACAGAUACUUGUAUAUGCCACUGCAAAACAGCAUUGAAUGGGCCACUUUGGUUAUUUACUGGUGUUGUUACAGGUGAGCCCUUUGUAAAAGUCUUCAGCUGUCUAUUUUGAUUAUAAAUUUCAUUUAUGUUUAAUC